AUGAAAAUAAAUUUUAUAAAUAAUAAAAUUGAUAUUUCUGAUGACGAAUCACAUCUAAAUAUUUCACAACAAAGCUUUGAUAGAGAAUAUUUUAAACUACGUGAAUAUGUACCAAUAAAAUUAGAUCAAUCACAAGACAUUAAAUCAGCUAUUCUUACAUCAGAAAGCACUAAUGAUAAAGUUAAAGAUUUUCACUCACUCAUGAUACAUAAAGAUAUAAAUUUCUUUUCAUAAUAUAUUGAUGACCUUUACGUUAUUGGAAUAGAUUUGUUUAACUUGAUUGAAAUGAUAAGAUAGUAUGAAGAAAGUCAGAAAAAAGAACUUAAUGAAAUAAGUGAAAAGCUUAGAAAAAUGGAAGCGCAAUUAAAAGAAACUACGAAUCAAAAAAAGUAUAACAAUAUAAACAUAUAAGAAGUAGAAUUAGAUGCAAUGUUUGAAGAUAUGCAUGAAUUAGAAAAUGAAAGAAUAAGUUUAUCAGAGGGAUUUGAACCUAUGCUAUUAGGCUCUAUCAGCAUACCUGAUAUAGACGACUCUUUAAAUUUAGUUUUUUUAUGGUGCACAAUAGCUCUUUAUGGAAAUUAUAAAGAAGAUUAUUUUUGGGAAAAUUUUAAAUAAUAAGUAUUUAGAAGAAACGCUAUUGAAGAUUUUAUUUAAAGAUUGUUGUAUAAAAAAUCAUCAAAGAUGACUAGAGAUCAGUCAUUUAUAGCAGCUGAAAUUUUAAGUAAGUAGGAUGAAUUUCUUGCUAAACCUUAUUUAAAGAAAAAAUAAAAAGCUUAGCUGGAAAAGCUAUUUUAGUUCAUAAAAAAUAUUAAUGAGUGUUGGAUAAUCAGUUAGGAAAUAAGGAUAAAAGUUUUGUAUUUUGAAUAGGUGUAAAAAGAAUUUUAAGAGCUAGAAGGUAUGAAAAAAGAACAUUAAGUUGAAAAAAAGACUUUCGAAGAUAGAUAGAAUUAAUUUGAGCUUACUAUGAGCUCUUUAAACGAAACAAGAGCUUUUCUAGAGAACCAACUGACAGAAAUGGUUGAAUCUUAGUAAAACAGUGAAUAAUAUUUAUUGUAUCUUAACGAAGCUUCAAGAAAAUAUUUUUAGUAUUAUGAUAAGUCAACUAUUUAUUAAAGAGAGAAAAUGAUAGAAGACGUAGUUUAUGGAAAAUAGGCAUAUUAGGGAGUUUCUUCAGUGUUGUAAUAAUCUAUUUAGAAUUUACAAACUAAUCAAAACUUAAGAGACUCUCAUAUACUACUAAUGAAUUAACCUGAUAUUCAAAGCAACGACGGAUAAACCAUUCCAACUAUUAAAUCUGAUAACAAUUUAACACAAAAAGUGAAACCAAUUGAAGUUUUUAACUUAUAAAGUUCAAAUCUCUAAAAUAGAGACGCAAUAGGUCAAGAAAGUGCUUAGGAUGGGGAAAUUGUUUAAAAAUUAAAUUAAUUUUAGUAUUUUGAUGCAGAAAAAGAAUUAGAUUAAUCAUCAGAGAGUGAUGAGGAAGAAUAUGUCGAAAGCCAUCAAAAUAAAGAAAAAAUAGAUGAAAAAGGCAAUGAAAAAGAGGAUGCUUGUAAUAUUUUUUGA